CAGUGACGAACCUCUUUACUAGUACUUCCGCACUGAAGGCAAAUUGAAGUAUUUUUCAAGACUAUUCUAGAUUAAAAAGUAGAUUAAUGUAAAGUGAUUUUACCGAGACAGUUUUCGAGGCGGGAUUUUCCUAUUGACAAUAGACGAUAGGUGAAUGUUUUCUCUAGCGCUGAAAAUGUAGUAAUGCUGUUGUCUUUUCAUUCGGGACACUGGUAAAAUAUGGCCACUGUUUUAGAGUCGUAUCUAGAUUCCCGUGAUGAAGAGAAAGAACGCCGAGUAGACAUAAUAUGCUUUUGCUUGAUCGUUUCACUAAAACAAUGAAUGACGCCUAGCUAUGUUUCUGAUUGAUCCAAAGGGAGUGACGUCUUUUUUUCUGAAUGUUUAUCAAACAUCAGUUUGUAUCUGACGAAUAGGCACCGCGUUUUUUUGCUGUCAACCACGUCUCCUCUGCACAGCAGCGUAAUAAUAGGCCUAAGAAUAAUAAUCCUACUAUAUUACCAAUUGAGAUGGGUGAUUUUGGGAUUGUUUUACGUCUUGAUAUGUUUUGAUAUGUUGGAGUUUUCCUAUUGAUCUCUUAUAAUAAUGGCAUUAUUAUUGUUAAAAUAUUUAUUUUAUAGUAAGAACGAAUAUAUUAUGUUAUGUCAUGAUUUUCUAUUUUUGACUUCUGUAUGAGUAUGGGACUUCUGUAUGAGUAUGGUACACUUCUUCUCAUGACACUGCUAGUCAUUGCUCAGAAACAUAAAUUAAUGUUGCACUCUCUUCUCAUCAUGCUUGACCCUUAUCAUAUUGUAUGAGCCUUUAUAAUGUCUUAUAAGCCUUUAUAAUGACAUAUUAUGUCUCUCUAGGACAUUUUCAACUGCCUCAAACUGGCUGUUAUUAAAUCAGGAUCAUUCUGAUAAUAUAAUACCUCAUAAAGGGAUCAUAUUCUUAUAAAAGUCUUAAAAUGCAUUUUAACCACAUAAUAUUCCAUAUACCUGUUAUCAAAUUAAUUGCCACUGUGUUUUCUCUCUCCCACCAGGCCUGCAGGCAGCUGCCAUGUCCAUGGCCCAGCAGCAGAACCAGGUGAUCCUCCAGUUCCGCUUCGGAACCUUCGGAGACUCUAUGCUGCAGAAGAUGAACCUGCUUCGCUGCCAGACCCGCUUCUGUGACGUCACCGUGCGCAUCAAUGACCUGGAGGUACGCAUCUAUCAAUCACCUGUGUUUGUACACUUAUUAUAAGCAUUCUCUGCUGCUUUUACUGUUUACCAAGUUUUAAUAUAUUUUGUAUCUAUUUUGAUUAUUAUUUUAUUACGUACAUCACCAUGAGUUGCAGUCUCUGUAUGAAUUGUGCUAUACAUUUUAUUACAUUUUUUAUAAAUAUUAUUAUUAGGUCCCCGGUCAUAAGGUGGUGUUGGCUGCUGGUUCUCCCUUCCUCCGGGACCAGUUCUUCCUGCAGGACUCGUCCACGAGGGAGGUCCAGAUCUCCAUGACCCAGGAGGCGGAGGUGGGCCAGCGGCUGCUGCUCUCCUGCUACACGGGCACCCUGGAGCUGCCUGAGCUGGAGCUGGUCAACUACCUAACUGUGGCCAGCUUCCUCCAGAUGGGCCACGUGGUGGAGCAGUGUACCCAGGCCCUCAAGAAGUUCAUCCAGCCACGACACUGCCAAGUGAAACAGCAGCCUCAGGAGGAGGAAGGAGAUGGAGGGACUCUCAGAGCCUCUCCCACCCAGAAAAUACAGGAGCUGCCCCAAGCUCAGUUAAUACAUCGUGAGGAGGAGGAUGAUGAAGAUGAUGAUGUGAUAAUUCAGCCGAUGACCCCUCCCCAGAGGCAGAGGCGAGACAGGGGUGAGGGCGAGGAGAGCCCCAUCACCAUCGUAAAGGUGGAGGCCGUUUGUGAGCGGGUGUCGGAGAUGUCUGAACGCUCCUCUGCCUCCAUUGCAGGGUGCUUCCACACCAGCCCCCCAUCGUCGUUACACUCCCCUGAGCCCCAGCACUCCCUCAUCAACUCCACCGUGGACACCCGGGCUGGCGAGAUGACCAUACCACAAAUGCCAGGAUACCCGCUCAGCCCCCCUCCACUACCCACCUCAGCCAUUGGGAGACCUAAUCUGGGGGGCCACCUACGAAACUCAGACAAAUCACUUCAGUGGUACCACCAAUGCCCAAAGUGUGCCCGCGUGUUCCGCCAGCUAGAGAACUAUGCCAACCACCUCAAGAUGCACAAGCUGUUCAUGUGCCUGCUGUGUGGAAAGACGUUCACCCAGAAGGGUAACCUGCACCGGCACAUGCGGGUCCACGCUGGCAUCAAGCCCUUUCAAUGCAACAUAUGUGGCAAGACCUUCACUCAGAAAUGCUCUCUCCUGGACCACCAGAACUUACACAGCGGAGACAAGCCCCAUCGCUGUAACUACUGCGACAUGGUGUUCGCACACAAGCCCGUGCUCCGCAAACAUCUCAAACAAAUCCACGGCAAGAACAGCUUUGACAACGCCAACGAGCGGAGCCUACUACAUGACGGGGUUCUGGAUUUUGAGUAUGGGCAUCUGCAGGACUGUAGCAUGGACAAUAGCAUGGACAAUAAGCCUGUUGUUAUGGAUAACUCUCUUUAGUGCUGUAUCACGUUUAAUUUCUGCUGAGUCAUAAAUUAAUAGCUGCGUAGUAAUGUUAGCUUAAUUGUAAACCGUAUCGUACGGUACUUGAAGGUACAACACUGAAUAUUAGAAUAAAAGUUACUGUAUACAGUACAUGUGUUCAUAUUUCAUAACAAUAUUAAUUUAGUGAAUGAGUUAACAUGAUAUUUAAAAAGCUGCCCUGAUUGUGUGUGGUGUCAUUUUUGUAAACAUGCAAAUGCUUAUUUUAUUUAUGAAUAGACAACAGAAUGUGAAUCUGUUAGAUUUUUUAUCAGAUGAAAGUAGCCAGCUUUAAAAAUGUGUCAUGCUGACAUUUCUGUUAAGUCACAACAAGUGUUCUUAAGUGAAAUGAGUGCCAAAAAUAUUUACUGAAAUGAUUUGUCCUCAGGAGGAUUGUUUUGGCUAAGGUAGCCCACAGUAGGACCAAAGUGAUGAUAGUGUGUCUGUAAAAGAUAAUAUGUUAUUAUUGUCGAUUAAGCCUGUUUUGGAAAUGGGUAGACAAUAAAUGUUGUAUCUUGUAUGAGUACGUGACAUGUGGGUGAGAAGGAUGAGGAUGUUGUGUUUCUACUGUGCCAUAUCAGAGGAGCAGACACCCAACAGGAAAACAAUGAGUCCCACAUUACUUUAAGCGACACUAAAAGCUGAUAUAUUUGCAAUGUUAUUAGAUUGUUAGGUACAGGAUAAUUACAGUGUGUGUACACAUUAGUACUUAGUACAGCCAGUUUGGGGCCAACUGUCAAUUGAAAAUGUAUUUGCAAAUCUAAUUGAUAGCCUACAAAGUCCAAACAUGUAUAGUUGUAAGUACUAUGCAACAAUGUGUAUCUACACUGUAAUUACACUGUACCUGUCAAUGUAACCACCAUGUAAAUACUAGUACACAUUUUUUUCUGCACAAUGGAACCAAUCAAGUUACUGUAGUCAGCCUGUAACCCCAAAAGCAUUACUAUGCUUCCUACAGCAGAUGGAGCCAUUGUAUACCAUGUAAUCUCACAACAUGAUGUGCUGUCUUUUGUAUCCUCUGAGAACACUACAUGUAGAUGGCCAUUGUUGUGGUUGUAUCACUGAUGUUACAGUACUGUAUUUCAAGAUUGUAAGAUGAUUUACGUUGAUGACCGUACCUCAUGCCACAGCAUCAGGGUUAUUAUAAUGUAGUAAAUUAAUGGACUCAUCAUGUUUACACUAUUAUUUUUAUCUGCUCCAUUUAGAUAUCAAUAUCCUAUUGUACUUCAUACCAUGCCUUACGAAUAGAUGUAUUCACUGUCACACUGAUCUAUUGUUUUAGUUACAUACAGUACCAGUCAAAGGUU